CGGUGUAGAAAUGUGAUAGACUCUGAAUUGUAAGUCGCUUUGGAUAAAAGCAUCUGCUAAAUGACUGUAAUGUAUUUCUUUCCUCUGGGGAAAGAUCUGCAGCUUUGCUCUCAUUUGAAGCUCUGAACAUGUGAACACGGUAGUGAAGCGGUCUCAACACUCUUUAUUUAAAACAUUAGUUUACUUCUAAACUGGUGUUUCAGGAGCUUUUUCAGUGCAUCUGGACCUACAGAGGUUCCUGCAUGAGGCCUGAUGUUUCCACGUUAGUCCCAGCUUCAAACCAGACCUUCAAACCAGACCUUCAAACGUAACAUUAAAGGGUUGAAGGUUUGAUGGAGGAGCGGCGGCGUGGGUGUGAGUCAGCGGUGCCGGUGGCAGAGUGUCGACAGGAGGAUAAGGUCCCUCUGUGGACGAUCUGUAGAACUUUCUGUCUCUACCAGGAGCUGAAGUUUCCCGCCCGAGGCGUGGAGACCAACCCGAGCUCCUGGCCCUGGUUCUACCGGAUGAACGACGCCAUGGAGGGCCGCUUCACCGGGGCGGCACCCAUCCUCACGCCCAUCGUAGAGGACGAGGACGAGGAGUGCGAGCCGCUGUCGCCGGCGCCCAAGAAGAGAGCCCGCCGCAGCCGGGGGGGGAUGGCCGAGUUCCUGACGGAGUCGGAGAUGGACCUGCUGGUCGACAACGAGGACAAGAACGGAUCGGCGUCUCUGGGGGAUCUGCAGCGGAUGGCCGAGUUCACCUAUAAACUGACGGAAGAUGACACCAGGCGACUCAUUGAGCUACGAGCUGCUAACGAGUCUCUGUUCACGGGGAGGAGGAACACGGCCAAGCCGGCCUGGAGGGGGAUAGUGAAGGAGAUGGGUCUGACGGGGAAGAUCACACCGGACCAGGUCGCCAAGAAGUGGGACAACCUGAAGACCAAGUUCAAGGUGACGACCUGCCCCGUCUCACCUGUGCUGUUAGUCUACCUGUUCAGAUGAGAUCAGCUGAGAAACGUCCACAACAGUUCAACAACACUGACGUUUGGGUUCGUUUGUGACGUCUGAGAUGUGAAUGUUUUAUUGGUAAAGACGUCAUAAUAAUAAUAAAUAUACUGACGUCCAUUAGAUGGUUAUAGGGCGUCUGCUGACAGUUAGAAUCACUUGUUAUGGGAACAUAAAAUGUAGCUGUGAUUGUGGGCGGAGCCAGAACUAGUUUUGAUAAUCGAUUUCAUUUUCCAUCCUCUGGGCUUUUUUUUUUUUUUUUUCUCCUGUCACUUUACU